CUUGUCACUUCUUUCUCUCAUCUUUUCUUUUCCUACUUUGCUUACUACUCUACCCUUCUGGACUUUUUUGCCAAAUUUUUCACCUUUACUCUGUUGUUAAAUCAAGCACUGCAAUUGAGUCAGACCCAGUUCAUUAGUCAAUUCAAUGGUGGGAAGCUGUGAUCUUUCUAAAAAGACAAAGAAAACAGAUUGGCUUAAUACCCUUUUGCAUAGCAAGUUCUUCGGUUCCUGUGGUGUUCAUCAAGAUCUGCGCAAAAAUGAGAAGAAUGUCUUUUGCAUUGACUGUGGUUGCCGGCUAUGUAGGCACUGUAUGAAAGCUCAUUGUCGCCAUUCAAAGCUUCAAAUCUGCAAGUAUGUAUAUCAUGAUGUAAUUCGCCUUCAAGAAGUCCAGAAGCAUGUCGAUUGUGCUAGAAUUCAGACAUAUAAAAUCAAUGGUGACAAAGCUGUGCAUCUAAAUCCCCGUCCAAUGUCCAAGGAUGCCAAACCAUCAACAAAAGCAAAGUUUGGUUCUGCGUGUGAUGUUUGUGGGAGAUAUCUACAAGACAUGCCAAAUCACUUCUGCUCCAUUGCUUGUAAGGCCUCUGUAGAAACAGUGAAGCCUAAACACAAAAGUCACAAUUACAUUGCAUUUGGAGUUCCGGAAUGUGGGGACUUUUCCCCUCAGGCUAAUAACUAUUCGGAAACAUAUAUGAGUGAAAUGGAAUCCUCUAUCUCGUCUGAGGAGAUGAAUGCUUGGGUGAGUUCAACCCUAAAGCCAAGGAGGCAUUUGCACAAGAGGAAAGGCAUCCCUCACAGGUCUCCUUUCUGUUGAUCCCCAAAUGAGAUCGAUGAUAUUGUUUUUGCCCCAUUUGUCUGCUUUACAUUUUCGGUUUAUAUUCAACUAUUAAAACCAUAAAACCACAGCUACUGUAUCAUCCCCAUAUUUUUUCGUGUUAGUGUUUGAAGUUGUACAGCAUAAGAUUAUACUCUAUUCUUUCUUGUGCAAAUGCCUGGAUGUUUGUAUGGCUAAAUCUUUACAUAAUAAGAUCGGAAUACUUAAUAAUUGAAAUGUCCCUGGCAC